AUGGAACGAUAUAGGAUAUCGGACGAUAAAAAUGGCGAAGUGGAAUUCGAUUCCAGAUCAACGGCGGAAUCAUCAUCAUCGCCGUCGAGAUCACUGCCGAUUUCGACCUCGCCGUCCGAUUCCACCGGCUCUGGUUCUUCCGACGAUGAAACGGAGGCUGACUCCUUCUCCGCCGCAACGUCUCCUUCACCACCGCCUGCAGAAAACAUACAUAUGUAUGGGUGGACAAGUCAACAUUUGCAAGAUAGAGAAAAUGAGGAGAUAGAUGCAGGAAAAUUUGGUUUGGGACUUAUCCAGAAGAGAUAUGUCCAUAACCUGGAGCAAGAGGAGGAGCAGGAAGAGGAUCAGGAGGAGGAGGAAGAACAAGAAGAGGAGAAUGAGGACGAGGAACAGGAAGAGGAGAUGGAGGACGAGGAGGAUGAGGAGUUGCCUCAAGAAAAAAGUUCUAAUGUUGAUGACAAUGGUGUUGAGUCUUCCCUGAAUCUACUCCCAAAAGAAUUCCUGCAGAAAGUAGAGAAAAACAUUCUUAUGAUGAAUUAUGGGAAGAUGAAUCUUAUCAGGGCCUUUACAGAAGCUCCCUCACACAUCAAAAGUAAAUUUGCUUCCGAAUUGAUGUGUGAUAUGGCUAGAUCUGCACUUGGAAGCCAAACAAGUCCAAUUGAAUCUGUGAACGAAAAGUUUGUUAAUUUGUCCACGUUCCUUGAAGACAAGGUUGAUAAUUUUGAUAACUGGAAAACAAUCAUUGAAUCAAUAGUUACUAUUGAAAAGGAAAAGGAAGCACUUGAAGAUUUGACAGAGUUUCCAACUUUCAGAUACAGACAUCUCGUUAAUAAAAAGACUGUUGUUCCAUUCUCUGCGAUUCCACUGCCAGAAGCUAGUUUAAAAAGGUCAUGA